UACGGCAUAGCAAUAAGAGUUUUUCUACGAUUUGCAGCAAAAAAAAAAUCUUCCGAAAAUUUCACAUCCUUAUCUUCCCAACGAGAACAAAAUCUAUAAAACCAAUGUUACGAGGUGCUCAUACCGGCACAAUUUUGUGCGAAGAGCAAUCAAAGUUUGUUUUGGAGCGAAUCAACACGGUGGAAAAGCACUUCAGUGAACUGUGCGGAGCGUUUGCUGAGUUCACGCGAAAGGUGGCACGUUUGCGUGAUAAAUCAGACGAGCUUGCCCACGCGACACAAGACUACUCCGGUGCGGAAAAGUACAAUAAAUCAUUAUCUAAUGGUCUUUCCAGCUUGUCCAAGGCAAUCACGUUGCUCGGCGAUUUCCAAGACUUAGAGGUGAAGCGAUUGGAUAAUCGAAUCGUGUCGGAGUUGUCUCAGUAUGAGGUUGUCUGCAAACAAUGCAAAGACAGUGUGAAGGAUGCAAUUAUGGGCAGAGAUAAAGAACUGGCCAAGCGAAAGCAGCUUGACCAGGCUAGAGCCAAAAACACGCGAGGCAAUAAGAAUUCCAAAGAUGCAGAAUUGAUGAAAUCCAACAUGGAAGUUUCGAAAAGUCUGAAAGAGAUUGAGGACAUUGUGGGGAAAUUUGAGAAGCAGAAAUUAGAGGAUUUAAAGAAUUUGCUAAUGGAAUUUGUUAUGAUAGAAUUGAAGUUCCAUACGAACGCUGUCGAAGUGUUGUCUGCAACAUAUCAGGACAUUUCUGAUAUCGACGAGAAACGAGAUUAUCAGGGAUUUCACAAAGAAAUUAAACGACAAAAUAGGCAAUUCAAAAAAUACCUACAACAGGACGAACUCUCCGAUCGAUACUUUCUUCAGCGGAUCAAAUCACAGUCGAUGGGUGCCCUAAGCUCGAUGUUUGCCGCUAGUUCGACUGGUAGUCGGAAAAACAAAAGUUUGAGUUCAACUUCUUUGAACUCAUCCCAGGAACAGGAGCCUUCCGAGGUAGCAGUCAUUCAACAGGAUCCGUUACGAGUAAUUACUGGCAAACGCAAAAGCAAUGUAGCAGCGGCCGUUCAGAAUACCACUGAAUCAUUGGAUUCUAUGAAACUAUCCAACGGAUCAAAAUCAUCCUCCGAUGACAGCGAUAGUGAUGGCGAUACAGAUACUGUCACAGAUUCCGACGAGCUGGAAGCGAAACAUCCUCGCCAGCAGCCGAAGGAAACCAAGGUCGACCCAAAGUUCACUAUUAUUAAGCUAAAAGAUUACAACUGA